GUCACGCGAGCUAGUGUAUGUGCUCGCGCUGAGGAUAUGUGGAGAGUAGUGAUGUCUGAGGAGGUUGGGAAGAAAUUGCAGGCGGUGGUGGACCGGGUGAAUCAAGCAGUUUCCCGACGCCCGAAGACGUUACCAUGUAUUGCCCCUCGACUGGUUGCGGUUAGUAAGACUAAACCACCAGAGAUGGUGGUGGAGGCUUACAAACAUGGACAACGAAACUUUGGAGAGAAUUAUGUAAAUGAACUUGUUGAGAAAGCUUCCCAUCCCCUGGUAGAGUCAUCAUGUCCUGAAAUAAAAUGGCAUUUCAUUGGUCAUCUGCAAAAGAAUAAUGUCAACAAACUCCUGGGUGUCCCAAACCUGUAUAUGGUAGAGACGAUAGACUCUAUGAAACUGGCUGAAAAAGUCAACGGCUCGUGGCAAAAAAUGAGAGCUGCCAACACACAGCAGUUAAAGAUUAUGUUGCAGAUCAACACCAGCGGAGAGGAAAGUAAACAUGGCCUGCCUCCCGAAGAGACUGUAAACGUGGUAAAACACAUUGUGUCUCAGUGUUCUGCUCUUGACUUCGCCGGGCUCAUGACAAUUGGCCGUUAUGGUUACGACCUCAGCGAUGGCCCCAACCCUGAUUUCCAGAUGCUGUUGAAACGUCGUGAGGAAGUUUGUGAAAGUCUGAAGAUCCCAGUAGAGCAGGUUGAGCUCAGUAUGGGCAUGUCUACUGAUUUUGAACAUGCGAUUGAGGUCGGCUCCACCAACAUACGUGUCGGCAGCACUAUUUUCGGCACCCGAGAAUACCCCAACACCCCGAGCCCCAGUCCGGAGAGAAAGCCAAAGGUCGUAUGUGAGGAAGCAGCCAAAAAAAUGGACCGGCUCACGGUCACAGAGCAAUGAAUGAUGGGGGGGAAAAAGGUUACUGAACUAAAUGUGGGACCUCUUGGGCUUGAACCCAAUGACUGGGCUCACCAUUCACCAGUCAAGGGCCUUUAAUAUGUCUUAACUAAUGCUGCUGACCUGGUCUUCUCUGGUGAAAGAACUAGAAAGAAGUGUUAUUUAAUAACUGGAAUACUAGAUUUACUUCCUGAAGGUGUUUUUAUUGUCAAAAGAUCUCCAGAAGUGUCCUCCAGCUCUCUGUAAAAUACUUGGUUUUGUGAUUAUUUUGAACAGAUACAGGGUCAGCACAUGCUCCGUUUCAUUUUACCAAUCAUAGAUGUGAGGUGUAAUUUGUCAUUUCCGUUAGAUUAGAUGUUUAACAUCUAAUUAAAACGAUAGGAUGUAUUAUUUUUGUUCCUAGAAGUGUGUAGGUAUAUUUUCUAGUGUGUCAGCGGAUUGUUUUGUUCAAAAUCAUAAAUGUAAAUUAUAUAAAUAGUUAAUUUGUAGUAUUGCUUUAGUAUCCACUUGUUGCUUUGAAAGCUGUGUCAGUGAGAUUUGUCGGGACUGACGUUUGUGUGGUGUUGUCGUCAUGUAAUUCAUGUAGUAUUUCAUAUCACUCUAAACACUGGUGUUGAAUUUAGCACUGAUCGACAGCCACACUGGUUUCAGUACAGAACAUAGAAAUAUGCAAUUAAAUUAGUGCAGAGAUGAGCAGCUACAUGGCGUUUUCUGUGAGGUUGAAGGUCUGAGGCCUUUUACUAUGCAAGAGAGGGAUUG